UGAAUCGGAGAGGAUGUCUCUCCGCGGGGCGGGGGGGGGGGGGGAAUAUGAAGCCGGAUUACUCCUCCUCCGCUGAGUCAUUGCAUUGAUUUCAUUCUUGACAUUUUUCCCGAACCUGUCAUCCACCCGGCUUCCAAAAUACCUCAUCUCCAGAAUUCCAGUUUGGGAAAAGCGGGAAACGGACGCGCUCUGCCGCUCCGAAGGUAAGUUUGGCUUCUGUCAAACUUCGCCUCACUUCGCACACGAUGCCGCGGCAGAAAGAGGCUCUCGGAAUCGUUCUCAUUGCUGGCAUUUUUUGUGCCUGAACUUCCGCAUUGAGGAAAUAAAUCUCAGUGGACCCUCCAGCCCCGGAGCUGGCGAUUAAACACGGUUGUAUUCCUUUCUCGGCACUCGUCUGUAUCUCGGGAGAGGAGCCCAGAGCUUCUGCAACUGAGUAUGUUUUAGAAAUCUUGACCAAAGGGGACGUGCAGAUCAAAACAGCAUCCGAGAUUUGUAGCUCCGCUCGGGAAAGCUCCUUGGCUUCAGGUCGGUGCUGCCUCCAAGCUAAGGCUUGGUCACCCACAAGGAGGCAAAAUAGAGGCGAACGGCUGGGGCGAGGGCAUGAGCCCUGACCGUGACUCGGAGGCAAUGAGCAACUCGAUUGACAAGAGCCUGGACAACGAUGCGGAGGGAGUGUGGAGUGCCGAUAUCGAGCAGAGCUUCCAGGAGGCGCUGGCCAUCUACCCGCCGUGCGGCAGGCGGAAGAUUAUCCUGUCGGACGAAGGGAAGAUGUACGGGCGGAAUGAGUUAAUUGCCAGAUACAUCAAGCUGCGCACGGGGAAAACACGGACUCGGAAGCAGGUAUCGAGUCACAUUCAGGUACUUGCUCGACGGAAGUCCCGUGAGAUACACAGCAAACUGAAGGACCAGUCAGACAAAGACAGAGCUCUGGCCCCAUCAUCUGCACAGAUUGUAUCGUCGGCUGCGAUCCAGCACAAGCUGGGCAUGUCCGGUGUGCCUCGCUCUUUCCCGGUGUCGGCAGGGAAGCACGAGUUCUUUCAGUUUUGGCCCGGUGUUGUAACUUCAGAGGAAGCAGGCUCCUCUCAAGACAUGAAACCUUUCAUCCAACAAUCGUUUGCUGUUCAGUCAAAUGUAAGCCAUUCUCCUCUCUCAGGUUAUGAAGGGGCUUCCCUCGGCCUUUCACCCGCCCGUUCACAUUCAGCCUGGCAAGCUCGCUGCAUUGGGACUCCGAAGAUCCAACUUGUGGAAUUCUCGGCAUUCACGGAACAGCAGCGGGAUCCAGAAACUUUCAAUAAGCACCUCUUUGUCCACAUUGGCCAGUCGAGUCGAUCUUACAGUGAGGGUCUGCUUGAAUCCAUUGACAUCCGCCAAAUCUACGAUAAGUUUCCGGAGAAGAAGGGGGGCUUGAAGGAGCUGUUUGAGAAAGGAACGCCAAACACGUUUUUCCUUGUCAAAUUCUGGGCCGACCUUAGUAUCAAUAUCCAGGACGAAACGGGCCUGUUUUACGGGGUUACCAGUCAGUAUGAAAGCAUUGAAAAUAUGACCAUCACUUGCUCCUCCAAGAUCUGCUCCUUUGGCAAACAAGUUGUAGAAAAGGUUGAAACAGAAUAUGCCCGGUUUGAAAACGGCCGCUUUCUGUACCGGAUCCAUCGUUCUCCGAUGUGUGAGUACCUCGUCAACUUUAUCCACAAGCUGAAGCAACUGCCUGAGAAGUACAUGAUGAACAGUGUCCUGGAGAACUUUACCAUUCUGCAGGUAGUAACCAACAGAGAUACACAGGAACUACUCUUGUGUGUUGCUUAUGUCUUUGAGGUCUCAACAAGUGAACACGGAGCCCAGCAUCACGUCUACAGACUCGUGAAAGACUAAACAAAACCUCUGCUCUAACAUACUCAAGUCAACCUCCAGGUUGGGAGGUUUAUUAGGUGCAGCCUUUGCAUCCUGAUGCAUCUCCAAUGAAAACACAGUCAGGGCUCCCUAAUGGGGCCGGAUUUCUCUACAACACUAAAAGUUCUUGUGGCUGGAUUUGCAAGGACAGCAAUUGUUCUCGAAGACUUUCCAGUGUCUUUGUGAAAGCGACAGCAUGUUGGACUUGGACAGAUCACAACCAUAACAAUGGGUUGCCAUGGAAGCCCAGGAGUUGUGUGUUUGUAAUGAGGUCAAUCUGAUCAUUUGAUGUUGAUAAAUCUUGUUCUUUACCUGCAUUGCUGAUUGGAAAUGAUGGAAGUGAUGUCAAGUACUUGAACAUAAAAU